GCAUCCAAACGCAAAGCUCCCACGUGGCAAAUUUAAAAAUCCACCACCCACGCGAAGAUCCGGAUCAAAAGAAAAACUUCCAACUGGCUCUCUCGAAACGAAACGAAAAAAAAGUCGUGUCCCCGUCGCGUUUGCGGAUGCGGUUCGUUGGCUCGUUGAUUGACUGUGCAGACCAUGGUUCGAUCACAGAAAAACAAACCUCCGACCGGCAGCAUCCAAACCGGUGCCGGUACCGGUGAUAAUCGAAGUCAGCUGAAAAGUUUAAACUGGUCCCGGAUUCGGAAGGAGUACCUAACGGUUGAGUUUGUGAAAUCGCUUAUUUUUGAUCCGGCUCGGCUACCUUUGGUUUCCUGGUUGAUUUUGGCCGCGGAACUGGUUCUGAAUGUGUUUGUAGUGAAUAAUGUGGCUUAUACCGAAAUCGAUUGGAAGGCCUAUAUGCAGGAAUGCGAAGGCUUCCUGAAUGGAACCACCAAUUACGGAUUGCUGAAAGGAGACACCGGGCCGCUAGUCUAUCCGGCUGGUUUUGUUUAUAUUUACAGUGCCCUGUACUUAAUAACGUCACAUGGCACGAAUAUUCGGUUGGCCCAGUAUAUCUUCAUCGGAAUCUAUCUGGCUCAGAUGGCACUGGUUCUGCGACUGUACAGUAAAAGUCGGAAGCUGCCACCUUAUGUUCUGGUGCUGACCACAUUCACCUCCUAUCGGAUCCAUUCGAUCUACGUACUGAGGCUGUUCAAUGAUCCGAUAGCAAUACUUUUCUUGUAUCUGGCUCUGAAUGCAUACAUCGAUAAUCGAUGGACAACCGGAAGUAUUUUCCUUAGCCUUGGAGUUUCUGUUAAGAUGAAUGUGUUGCUAUUUGCUCCUGCAAUUUUAUUGCUGUUUAUCACUAACUUGGGUUGGUGGAAAACAUUCAUCCAGUUGACAAUCUGUGGAACGAUCCAGCUGCUUUUGGGAGCCCCAUUCUUGCUGACCUACCCAUGGGAAUAUCUUAAGGGAAGUUUCGAUCUUGGUCGAGUAUUCGAGCACAAAUGGACUGUCAACUAUCGGUUUCUCGAACGAGAUCUAUUCGAGAGCAAGUUGUUCCAUUUAGCUUUGCUAGGGAUCCAUGUGAUUUUGCUUAUUGCAUUCACCUCUCCGACGUUUAAAUAUUUCCAAAACUACUGUCGGCUGAGGCAGUUAGAACUGAUGUUGGCCCCUCAAAUCGCUGCCAAAAAUCGAGAAGUCGAACAAGAACUGAAGCGACCGAAAAAUGCCAAAGCUAAACCCACAAAACCACCCAAAGAGGAAAAUCUCUCAAAAGAGCAGGAAAAAUUCCUAGAAUCCUUCGAGAAAGGCAUCAAGAAAAUGGCCAACAAAGAGUCUUCCAAUGGAACGGCACCACCUCCGAAACAGGAAGAAGAUAUCCAGCCCGCCCAACCGAGCAAGUUCUCGAUCCACUUCGAUAGAGCUACCCAGCUAGCGCUGCUCCCAAUUUUCCUGUGCAACUUCAUCGGAAUCGUUUGUUCCCGCAGUCUGCACUACCAGUUCUACGUGUGGUACUUCCACAGCCUGCCAUAUCUGACCUGGUUCACCGAGUACACGACCAGCCUCAAGUUUUUGCUGUUGCUGCUGCUGGAAUUCGCUUGGAAUACCUAUCCCAGUACAAACGUGAGUAGCCUUAUUCUUCACACUUGUCACAUUAUCCUGUUGGUUGGUAUCGGAAAGAAAAUGUUCCGAAAGAUUCCGGAUCUGGCCCAGAUCAGUGGGGCCAAAUCGACCGAUUGAAAAUGGGACAAAGUUUAAAUUGUAGGAUACCAUUUGUUAUCUUCUAAGGAUAUGAAAGAUCUUAACAUCGAAGAGGUGCCUUUUUUGCAAGGAUUAGUCAAAUUUGUCCCGUUAGAAAACCUUCAAAAUACAAAUGUUACCAAAAGAACGGUAUAGAAUACUUUUUGAGGUACUUGUUAAAAAUUUUGUUUCUAAAAUUUGCAUAAGAAAGGUAUAAAAAUCGGCAAUUGAGUACGAUUAUCUUAAACAAGAUGAUCUCAAACUACAUUUUUGUUUAUUUCACUAACCGAAUUUCCUGCUUAAAGUUUAUGUGCAAUUGUUCAACAGUGAAAAGCUAACUUCAAUAUCUCACCUAAUAGUUUAAAAUUGAAUUCAAACAAAUACCUACAUCAAGACACUCUUUUUAAUGAACUCAUUUAGUUUUCUCCAAAGUUAAAAUUUUUGUGUGUGGUUUGUUUAAUUUUUCCCCAGCUAGUGAAUAGAUGAUACUUUUGUUGUUACUGAAACGACUUGCAAACAUGCAUUUG